AUGGGGAAAUCCGACCUCGAAGCUCAAACGCCCCAAUCCACGACAAGAGACCCAAGCCCUUCAGCAUCUGAUCUCGAUGAAAAGUCGCCUGGCUACGAUGUUUCGACUCUACAAAAGUGCCUGGUAGUUUUCACGACGAGCUUUGCCACUCUGGCUGCUUGCUUCAGCUCGACUUCGCUGUUCUCUGCUGCUAGCGAGAUUGCCGACGAGUUUGGGACGACGGCGGAUGUUGUCAAUGCAUCCAGUGCGGGAGUUUUAUUUGCGAUGGGACUGUCGAACUUUCUUUGGGGGCCGAUAUCACUGUUGUGUGGAAGGCUCAUUGCAUUCAACACAUGCAUCGUUGUCUUGACGCUCUUCACCAUUGCUGCAGCCUUGUCGCCGAAUCUUGAAUGCUUCAUCGUGUUCAGAAUCUUAUCUGGGUUUCAAGGAACGUUCUUCCAUGUCACUGGUCAAGCAAUCCUGGCUGAGUACUUCCCGCCUACUUCAAGAGGCACGGCUACCGGCUUCUUCCUCUGUGGCACAGUCCUAGGCCCACCACUCGGUCCGCUCGUGGCAGGCAUCGUUGUGACCUACGUGAGCUGGAGGGUCAUCCUCUGGGUUCAAGUUGGCAUGACGGUGCUUGCUCUGAUCCUAUCUCUACUCGUCCUGAGAAAGGGUGGUAGCAACCCUCAACUACCAAAGUCGACUGGUGAUGGGCAUCCAAUACUGCAUAUCCUCCGCGCAUUCAGCCCAAUGAACGUCAUCAGGGUGAUGAAGUAUCCCAACGUUGUGCUCACGGACAUUGCCUGCGGCCUCCUCUCCUGGUCGCAAUACGCUCUUCUCUCCAGCCCGCGCCACAUCCUCGUCUCGCAAUACAACCUCACCUCCCCUCUCAUCUCCGGUCUGUUCUAUCUCUCUCCUGCUGGCGGCUUCUUAAUUGGUACCCUCAUCGGCGGUCGAUUCUCCGACCACACCGUUCGGCAAUGGAUCAAGCGACGAGAUGGCCUUCGUCUACCACAAGACAGGCUUCGUUCCGGCUUUGCAUCGUGGUUUUUGAUCAUCCCAGCGGCGUCGUUGAUAUUCGGAUGGGGCAUCGAGGAGCAUGUCGGUGGUCUUGCACUGCCUAUUGUCACGGCGUUCUUUUCCGCGGCGGGGAUUCUGGCGGCGUUUGCUGGGUUGAAUACUUAUUGUGCUGAGGUCAUGCCACACGACCGACAAGCCACCAUCGCAAGCAAACACGUCCUGCAGUACACCUUCUCCGCCCUCGCCAGUGGCGUCAGCGUCCCCAUAAUCGAUGCGAUAGGGGUUGGGCUACAAAGCACAAUCAGUGUGAUUCUUGUAUACAUUGCUGGCGGCCUGUGCAUAGUCACAGCGUUGUACGGCAUUAAUAUGCAGAUGUGCGUUGACAAGCGGUCGUCGCCCAAGACAUGA